CUUUACCGAAUGAGCAUCAAACGCCACCUGCGGAGCCAUCCACCAUCCAUCGAUCGGAGAAGAACGUUUUCUUGCUUCUCCUUCUCUCGCUUCCUCCUAGUCUCCAGUCUCAACUCUUCACCCCCAUAACCCCGUCACCUUCUUUCAAGUUUUACCAUUUACCUUCAGUAAAAGAAGCACAAAGACCGUUGCGAUCCCGCACGAUUUUAAGGCGGAUUCCUCUGGGGCAGCUCUGAUCUGGGGGGAAAAAAUUUAAUUUAUUGAAGGGUUCUUGGAUUCCGUUAUCUAUCGGCGAGCUCCGGUUGGAGAUCUAUCUCUGUUCUGUCCACGAGCGCCGGUGGAGAAGAUGGCGAGGCACACGGCGGCGGCGGCCCGUCUCGGACGGGGCGCGGACGAGCAGGCAUUGCCGUCUCAGAGGCUGGUGGAGGCGGCUCUGAGAGGGGAGGUCGAGCGGGUGGAGGAGUGCCUGAGCGCCGCCGGAUCGGCGGUGGACGUCCACUACAUUGGAACCGUUAGCUUGAAGGUCAAGUGCACGGAGACCGUCCUCCGUGAGGAGGCGGCCGACGAGGUGAAGAUCGACUACCAGGAGUUCAAGACCGAUGUCACGGCGUUGUUCGCCGCUUCUCACUCGGGUCACGCUGAGGUCGUCCGCAAACUCCUGUCAGCUGGAGCUGAUGUUAAUCAGGAAAUAUUUCGGGGCUAUGCAACAACAGCUGCAGCUCGUGAAGGUCAUUGUGGUAUUUUGGACAUGCUUUUGAAAGCUGGGGCAUCCCAGAAAGCUUGUGAAGAUGCUUUGUUGGAGGCUAGUCUUUGUGGUGAGGCUGCGGCAGUCCAAUUAUUAAUCUGCUCAGACAUGGCAAGGCCAGAUGCUGCAGCACAUGCACUUGUAAGUGCAUGCUGCAGAGGCUUUCUUGAUGUAGUCACUACAUUAAUCAAGAAUGGGGUGGACAUAAAUUGCACGGACAGGGUCCUCUUGCAGUCAAUUAAGCCUGCACUGCAUGCAAAUGUGGAUUGCACACCUUUGGUGGCUGCUAUUGUCAGCCGGCAAGCUUCUAUUGUGAAAUUUUUGCUAGAGGUUGGUGCUAAGACAGACUGUCUUGUUCGUGUGGGUGCAUGGUCAUGGGACCCUGUAUCCGGUGAAGAGCUGAGAGUCGGUGCAUGCUUGGGGGAGAUUUAUAAUGCAGCAUGGUGUGCAGUUGAGUACCAUGAAGCUAGUGGCAAAAUUCUCAAGCUGUUGCUUCAACAUGAGCCAUAUUUGCUAGAGAAUCCACAUCUCGGUAGAACUCUUCUUUGCCAUGCCAUCCUCUGCCAGAAUUUCAAUGCGGUAUAUGUGCUCCUUGAUGCUGGUGCAAAUUCCAAGUUCCCCAUAAAGACAAAAAUUGGCCAUGAAUCACAACCAAUCCAUUUAGCUGCUAGACUUGGCUGUGUUUCCAUUCUUAGACAGUUAAUCUCAAAUGGAUGUGAUAUCAAUGCAAGGACUUCAGCAGGUGAGACUCCUCUAAUGAUCUCUGCGAAGGAUGAUCAUGCUGAUUGUUUUCUAGAGCUACUUAUAGCUGGGGCAGACUUAGGGCUGGUCAGCAAUUCAGGCGAUACUGCUGUCCAGUUGGCAAGAAGAAGUGUGUUUGCAUCUUCCAUCAUAAGUACCUUUUCCCAGGCUUUAAUUUCUGGUGCAACUCUUCGUUCAACAGAUCUCAGUGUAUUCUCUCCAUUACAUUUUGUUGCUGGAAAUGGAAGUGUUGAACCACUGCAAAUGAUUCUGCGUUCAUCCACUGCAGAUCUAAACAAACUGGAUGGUUCAGGUCUGAGUCCCAUCAUGGUUGCAGCAAAGGCUGGACAUGCUGAGGCUUUUCGUCUUUUACUAAUGGCUGGGGCAGACACUGCAGUAAGAACUCCUGAUGGUAAGACUGUGAUAUCUGUCUUGCAGCAUGAAAAUUCUGCAAACAGGGACUGCUUUGAACACAUCUUGCUCAGAGCAGUGCUGGCUAAUGUAAUAACUGAUCAUACAUCAUUCAGAGCUCUCCAUUAUGCAUCUUGGAAGGGGGACUCGUCAUCACUAAUCCAGCUCUUAAAAAUGGGAUAUAGUGUCAAUUCCUUGGAUGAAGAGGGGUAUUCACCACUUAUGCUUGCUGCCAUUGAAGGCCACUCUGAUGCAUGCAAGAUUUUAUUGUUACAAGGGAAUGCAGACUGCAAUCUUGUCAAUCAUCGGGGAGAGACAGCCUUAUCUUUGGCGAGGAAAGGCAACAGGUCAAACAAGGUGACAGAGGGCGUGCUGCUCGAUCAUCUGGCUCGGUCUCUUGUGCUUGCUGGUGAGGAGCUCUGCAAGCACACAAGGGAAGGUAGAGGAUCUCCACACAUGAAGACUGUCCGGAUGCUGAAAUCUGGGGUGCUGACAUGGGGCAAAUCGACCAGGAGGAAUGUAGUGUGUAAGGAGGCAACAGCUGGACCUAGCUUAAACUUUCUGAAGAAUCGGAAGAUGGCAUAUGAGGAUGGUAAAAUGUUGAUAUUUAGAGUGGUUACAUUCAGUGGUAGAGAGGUCCAUUUUGAGCCCGGCUCUGCUUCUGGUCUGGAGCUCUGGGUUCGUGGUAUUAAUCUCAUUGCAAAGGAGGCUGCUUCUUCAGGGGCUUGAUGACAGAGUGGGGAUGCAGAAUAUCAAUCUUUCUGGAGAAGGGUUCCUUUUAAGCAACUUUAGUAAAUUGUUAAUUGAUCCCUCCUUUUAUCUAGUACAAAAUUUGUCUUGGCCGGUGUUUGAAUAUAGUUCUGGUGAUGCUCGAACAGAAGAUGUUUUGCUUUGAUCGCCCUGAUGAUCUUGUAUUUGCUUAAGCCUAAGCUGCAUUCUUUUUUUUCCUCUUAAUGUACAGCUUGGUCUCAUAACUGAAAUGUUUAGUUAUGCUUAAUUUGAUCGUGUUCUUCUUUA